AUGUACUGCACUGGAACGCUAUGCAUUAAUUUGAAACAAAAUCCUCCAGAGGUUGUUCAAAAAAACCUGAAGAGAGAAGAAAACAUUUAUAGAUACUGCCAAGGGGUUCACAUAGGGAAAUGGAAGGAUAAACGAACUGUUACCUACAUUACAACAGAAUUUAAAAAACCCGAGGCAAUAGCUAAAUAUAAUGAAUUUAUGUCUGGAGUGGACCGGCAAGCUCAGUUGUUAGCAUUUUAUCUAUAUGAAAGGAAAACUUUGCAGUGGUACCUAAAGGUUGCUGUUCACACAUUCCAGCUGCUACUGAUAAAUUUCUUCAACAUAUGUAAUAAAAACUCUGGUCAACCUAAAAUGACAUUAUAUGAUUACCGCUCUUCAGUGAUAAGCGCGUUGCUACCAGAUAAACGUGUCACUACAAAUCAAGGACCUGUAAAAAGACAAGUUCCUAUGCUGCAUAAAAUCAGGAAGAAAAAGCAAAAAGAAAAUUUAAACGUAAGCAAUGCUGCCAAUGCAUGA